GAUAAGGCAAAAUGCCACGUUUAUUGUAAAUACAACAAUUAACAUAUGCUUUUCAAUCUCACACACACAGACCGUGCACACAGUCCUGCCAGUUGAUGUUUAUAGUUACCAGUCCAGAGUCUGGAUCAGUCUAGUGGCCAGCCAGAUUGGUCGCAGACGGGAGCAGGGCUCUGUUGGUCAUGAUCCGAUGCUCCUGGAAUGUGGCAAGACAAACCCGAAGUCUCAUGGUCAAGCACCCUGUUCUUAUGGUCUUUUUUUCUCUGUUGAAGUCUAUGGAUUUUGCUGUGUCAGUUUUUGACUGGUUAUUCUUUGAUUGGCGUUAACAUUUCAAAACACCUUUGAGAGGGUCAUCCUGUCCUGGUUUCGAUUUAAUCAAUUGUCUUUAGGGGUGCCGGCCUUCCCCUCAGGGUCGUCAAUCUGCCCUUCCUUUAUUAUGGAUGCGCAUUGAUGAUUUUCUGGUGUCCUUAAGUCUCUUCACUCCUUCUUCCUUGACCAUCUGGCUAUAACAAUGGCCUUCACACCUUAUCUUUUCCUGAUGCAUGCAUUCCUCAUUCACACAGUCUCUCACAGAGAAGACAGAAAUUAAACUUCACUAAACCUUGUGGUCAAAAACAGUUUACAUUGUGCUCAGGCCUUCAACAUUCCUUUAAUCUAAUUAACAGACAUAAUACAAGAUCCUGUCUAUUAACUAAACUUUAUUACAGGUCCUAAUUGUAAUGCAUAUGGAAAAAUAGAAUCUCAUAGUCUUAGAGGGUCAUUCCCUUCUGCUAUUCAUAUGGGGAGGGCUAGCAGGAUGAAAUCAAGACAUACAUUAAUGCUUAUAGUACAAAUAUAAAAUCCUGCUCCUACAUAUCCCCCUUUUGACACUAAGAUUAUUAAUCGCCAGUGUCACUUCUUAUUUAGCCCACGUAAUAGAAAAUACUGGGAGGUGAUUUAGGCCUGUGGCUCUAGCUUUGCAUACAUUCGUUACAGCACACUCCAAACAUCCCAAUUAAACAAAUACAAUUUAAAACCAAAACAAUUAGGGGGUGUAACAUUACAGAUAGUAUGUCAGUAGUUAUGGGAGACCAUCCAGAAAACAUGUCAUUCCAAUGGUAAGCUGUUAUUUGUCCUUCUGCAGUGGCAAUUCUUAUCACGUCCCCGUUACAUGUAUAAUAUGAAUGCUUCAGUUUCCCACAUUGCCUUUUGUUUGUUCUAGGAACUGUGUUACUUCUUUACCUUUUAACAGAUGAUUGGUACCUUUCUGCCAUUCAAUGCCAAGAUUGAUAGAUAACUCAGCUAAAUCAGUGCUUACAUUAUAUUUACAUUUGUUUACUGGUGGGUUGCUAACACUUUCAUCCUCCCAAAACACUUCUUUCCAAGAAUUAACACAUACACAUAGUCCAUUAUACAGUACUUUGGUCUUAUUAUUCAAUUCAUCCCACAUACACUAUCCUAGCGAAAUGUUUUUACUACAGAGCUCUGGAGCAACAGGCAAGGACAAGCACACCCACUUUUGAGGAGUUUACUUGGUACAACCUCUGGUGUCCAAUAGCUUAAUCACAUGAUAUGACAUCAUUUGUUUUCCCCCAAAUACAGAACAGAAAUAUUUACUGAACACAUCUUUUAUGCAUUAUCAUUGACGGGUCUUAAAUUUUUUAUUUCUCAGCGGGGGGCCCUCCUCCCCACAUCCUUCAACAUGUUAUAAAAUCUCCAGGGGGGGUUGAAAAUAUUUACCAGAGCUCUGCUCCGGACAACACUGGCUGAAUUUAAACUCUGAUUAUUGAUCAUUCUACCAUUUCCAUCUAGUAAUGGACCAAUACUAUUGUUGUUAUUCUUUUUAAAAAAAUAUAUUAGGAACAAACUCCUUAUUGUCCUUAACUCUGCUGGUUAUAGGUAUCUCCUUGCUUCCCUUAUCAAUUUUCUACAAUUCCUAGCUUCUGACUUAUAUUAUUCACUAUCAACUUCCCCCUUCUUCCAUUUGUUUAUUUUUAUUAUAUAUAAUAGCUGCAUUCCCUUCCUCUCUAAAACAGUUUAUUUUAAAAUCAGCUCAGACCUUCCUUGAUUGUAGGAUUGCAACUUUUUGGACAUCUAGUAAAGUGUUCUUAAACAAUUCCAAAUUAUCACUCUGUGAUGGGUUCCUGGGGUACAACCUGGAACUGUGAGAACACUGUCUCUCCUUAACUCUCCAGCCUGCACUGUCUCAAUGUAUUGCCAGUGACAAGCAGCAAACCUGUCUCAGUGCUACAGUCACUCAGCCACCAGCAUGCAGAGGCACACCCAGCUAAGCUGCAUGAAUACUUUGCAAGCCACUUAUGAACUAUACACAGGGAAACACCAGCAAAUAUCCCAAGGCCCCAGCCCCAAAUCUUACUGAUUUGUUUUUAAAUAUGUCAAGUCAACCUAAACAAAUGAGAAACAAAUCUGCAAUGAACAAUAUCAGAACGAGUAGAUAAGCAUGCUAUUCAGCAAUUCAUUUUCCACAUUUCCUUUUAAAUAUUUAAAUAUAACAAUUUUAUUUCCAUUUCAUUUUCCUUAACUACUUGCUGUGUAAUACAACUGCAGGCAGUAACAAGUAAAGCUUAUUGGGCAGUAAAACAACUGAAGUCUGCUCCACAAUGGAGGCCAUUAGACUAUAUCAGUUAAUAGUUUCACAUAAGCUGACCUUUUAACGUUCAAGCUACUGAAAGAGAUUUGUCUGUAAUACACAUUCAGUGCAGAUGUUAUUGUAAUUUCUCCUAUGUUUCUUGUAGUCCACAACUAUCCUACGAAAAACUCAACAGUUCAGGGCACCGAUCUCCUACAGAAUUUACAGAAAAGGCCACUUUAAUCAGACAUUAACAAAGCAGAAUCAAAAAGGAAACACUGUGAAGUAAGGGAUUCAGGCCAGGGCUACACUAGAUUUAUAUCAGUAUAACUACAUCGCUCAGAGGUGCGAAAAAUCCACACCCUUGAGCAAUGUAGUUAUACCGACCUAAGCCUUGGCAGAGACAGUGCUAUGUCAGUGGGAGAGCCUCCGCAUUGCUCUGGGGAGCUGGAUUAAAUAUGCGGAUGGAAGACACCCUCCCAUUGGCAUAAGCCUAUCUUCACUUAAAACGCUUCAGCAAUGUUGCUAUAGCGCUUAAGUGUAGACUUAACAGGUGCCAUCUUCCCGCGCCCCUGGGGGUGCUCAACCCGCCCCCCCCUCCAAAAAAAACCUCUUCACACCCCUGGCCCGCCCCAGCCCUGCCUCUUCCUGCACAUUUCAGCCCCGUCCUGGCUCCUCGCUCCCAGCGCCUCCUGCAGGCAGCGGCACAGCUGAUUUUGGCAGGCUGGAGACACGGGGGAAGGGGGGAGGGGAGCUGGCUGCCGGUGGGCGCUAAGCACCCCCUAAUUUUUUACCACGACUGCUGGAGCACCCACAGAGCCGGCACCUAUGGGGGCGUUACUGUCAAGGCAGGGUGAAAAUGGGAACGGCAGAAAGGCUGCUACAGCUGCGGUGCCAGCUUUGCCUCACGCCAGGGAAGCCCAGGCACCCGAGGGGCGCGAAGCAAGGGUGGGGCACAGUCGGGUGGGUGGAAACAUUUCCCACGGUCCCGCUCGCCCCUUCCUACCCCAGCAGCCCGCGCAGGGGCCGCGGCUCCCCGGCCCCCGCGAAAGCCAGGCUGCCCCGCGAGCUGGGCAGCGGCAGCGGAAAACGUCCGAGGGGCUCGCGCCGUAGCCACCCAGGCCGGGCUCUGUGGGCUAGACCCGGGCCCGCCAAGGAGGACACGACGCCCCGCCCCGCCCCGGUCACAAUCACCAGACGGGCGCCAGGGGCAACCGGGCGGCGUCCCGCGCCAACGGCUCCCAGCGGCCCGGCCCCCUGCAGGCCCAGCCCUUGCCCGCGGCACGGAGCGGCGCCCCCUGGCCCCCGCUGACUCUGGGCCUCGGCCCCCGCCGCCGAACGGGCUGGAGCCGCCGGGGGGAAGCGCCUCUUGCCGACCCCACACGGCGCCGCGGGGCGGGCAGCGGAGACCCGCCCUUCCCGCCAUCAACGGGGCCACGGCCGCCCAGGACCCCCGCGGGAGACCCCGCCCCGGCUCGCCGGCCCCCGCUCCGCCAGGAGACAAAAUAAUGUGGGAUCCGUUUGAAACUACAAUGAAACAUGAAUACCCAUAUAGAGCACCAGUAGAGACUGAAGCAGUACGUCCCAGAACAGCAAAAGGACAUGUGAAUCCAUACCAACUUAGUGAUCCUAUUGGCUUUAACACUUACAGAGAAGAGUUCUGUUGGAAACCAUAUUCCAAGGCAGAACCUAUAAUGACUGGCUCAUCAUCAGAAACAAGGAGAAACAAUCCUCAUCCCAGUCAAAGUUUCAUGAUUUGGAAGAUGCCUCGAGAAGAAAAACCGCAGCCCUCCAACAGCCUUUCACCCUGGACACAGCCUAUUUCUAAACAAGAAGUCAGGGAAGCAAUCAGAGCAAAGUUCAACUCUACCUAUAAUGGAGAUUAUUUAGGAUUACCACAGGGUAAGGGUUUACAAAUUAAAGAUACUAUUCCUGUGCCUCCUGACUGGAAAAAAAGAAUCCCACAUCCUCCAGCAACUGAGUUUAGGCAUCAUUACCAGGCCCCAGCCCACAUCCAUGACUUCAUGGACUUUUCCUGGAAAUAUGGAUGUAAUGCAAACCGGCAUAUUCCAGCAAAAGGAGUUGUUCCUACCGUGACAUUUUCUCACAUCCAGAACCAAGAAAACAUUAAACAGAUGACCACAUACCAAAGAGAUUUUGGGAAAGAAUAUUUCAAUAUCUUAUCAAUUUUAAAUUCUCUGGAUCCAGAACAAGUUAAUAAGUACAUUGAAAGAGCUCCAAAGCAAGAGAGAGCAAUUCUUCAGCACUUUCUUAACACAGUUUGUGGGAGCCAGAGUGAGAAGUUCAGAAGGACUUCACCCUCAAAGAAACCAGAAGACAAACUAUCUGACAGACUAUCUGAAUGCAAAUGAUACCCAACAAUCCAAAAGGAGAAAGGCCUCCAGAAUCCAGCUGGGGCUGAACGAGUGGCAUAAUUAUAACCCAUAAUGUCUGUGUGUUCUCUGUGUGUGGGAUGAAUAAUUUGCAAAACCCUGUUUUAAAGUAAUAAAGGCUGUUGUGCUGCUACCUCAUCAAAUAGGGUGCUGCCUUUGAGAGCGAUAGAAUGUUAAAAGGGAUUUAUGUUUUGUCAUUUCUGUACGGUAAA